AGUCAUCUGUCAGCUCUCAACCUGGCACACAACCAGUUCACCUCCAUACCUAAUACACUGGCCUGCCUGGCAGUCAACCUCACUAGACUCAACCUGGCCUACAACAGCCUGCGCAGUAUGGGCCACAUGACAUCGUACCCUGCCAGCCUCAAGCAGCUAGACCUGAGUCACAACCAAGUGUGCUGUUGGCCUAGUCUACCUCAGAUAGAGCUACUGGAUGCCAUGGAACAGGCGGCAAUUACAUGCUACUCUGGCGAUGCUUGCAGUAAACCCGCCAGACCCGUAUCUGGUCGUAGACAAGCAGGUCGGUCAUUGAGAACUGCUAUACUCAACAGUCUAUGUACUCACCGUAGACAUCUGCGUCUAGACAACCUGAGGACCCUGGUGUUGGCUGAUAACCAAGUACAGAGGAUACAACUGACCACUGAUGAUGAUGGCCUCAACAUCUCUCAAGACAGCGAGGAGCACGACCCUGACUGGGACAUGAUGGCAGUCAGUGGAGUGAAAGUGAAGCUCAUGUUCCCAGCACUCAGCAUGUUAGACAUCAGCAACAACAACCUGAAGGAGAUCCCUGUCAGUAUACACGAGCUCAGCAAUCUGUCUGUCCUCAACGUCAGCGGAAACCCAGACAUCAGUGAGCUGCCGCCGCAGAUGGGGUUGUUGUCUCGACUAUGGAACCUCAACACUCGAGGAUGCAGUCUACAAGAGCCACUCAAGUCCAUGAUAGACUCGAAGAAGUACAAGACAAUGGACGUAGUGGGGUAUCUCAAGUCAGUGCUGGAGGAUGCUAAACCGUAUGCUCGCAUGAAGCUGAUGAUUGUCGGGAUACAAGGAAUCGGCAAAACAUCUCUACUGGAACAACUGAGAAUGGAAGGCACUGGCUCAUACAAGAAAAAACCAACUGAGCACUGGGCCAAGCGGAUGGGCAACAAGAACAUCAAUGUGAAGACCUCACGGGGCACCAACAUGUCUACUGUAGGGGUGGACAUUGGAGAUUGGGUGUAUGAGAAGAAGGUGCGCGGCCACUCCAAUCACGGACCUGUAGUCUUCAGGACAUGGGACUUUGGAGGGCAGAGGGAGUACUAUGCUACUCAUCAGUACUUCUUGAGCAAACGCAGUCUGUAUCUGGUGGUCUGGAGGAUACCUGACGGACAACGAGGCAUUGCAGAGAUACUACAGUGGCUAGUCAAUAUACAGGCUCGAGCACCCAACUCUCCUGUUCUAAUAAUCGGCACUCAUUACGACAUGAUGCAGCAGUAUCCAUCCUCACGCUCAGAAGAUUUGCAGCAACUCAUCCGAGACAAGUUCAUCAAUGUAGUGGAUGCAGAGAAGUGUGGUCUGCCUCGAGUGUUGGACACCAUUGAGGUCAGCUGCAAGACACGACACAACAUCAAACUGUUGUGCAACCUCAUCUACGACACUGUCUUCAGCCUUCGCCCACCAGGCAGCAAAGAGUUAUUGCUAGAGCAGCGUGUGCCAGCCAGCUACCUAGCCCUGGAGGACGUAGUUGCACACAUCGCAGCAGAACGUCGCGUAGCUGGAGCAGACCCUGUGUUGGACGCUGAGACUUAUCGUACGUUCGUGUGGUCAGAAAUGCAACAUCGCUAUCAGAGAACCUUCCGUGAUGUGGCCGAACUGCACCAGGCUACAUUGUUCCUACAUGAUAAUGGAGUUCUCCUGCAUUAUGAUGAUGCAACAUUGAAGGACCUCUACUUCCUUGACCCCCAGUGGCUGUGUGACAUGUUGGCACAUGUUGUGACCAUCCGGGAAAUAAACCCGUUUGCUAGAACUGGCAUAAUGAAGCUGGAUGACCUGAAGCAUGUGUUCAAGUCCAGCAACCUAGGUCCAGUAGACACCAGGGGCUACAUUGUCAACUUGCUCAACAAGUUUGAAGUUGCACUGACGUGGGACAACCGCACACUGCUUAUCCCCUCCCUGCUGCCAGCUGAACAGGACGUCAGCAACCACACGGCCGGGGUCAAAGUCAAGAUCCCAGUAAGGUCCCGGGGAUGGGCUGUGCGCAACAAGAAGGUCUCUACGGGCUCAGCCACUGCCACAACCCUGGUCGGAAACUCUUCCUUCUACGCUUCACCCCCUACUCCCGUUCACGAGGUACCCUCGGAGCUGGAGUUGACUCACCGCAGCGAUCCUGAGGUUUGUGUCACCAGACUGUUGCUUAUGUCAUACUUCCCAUCGGGCUUCUGGUCUCGUCUGAUUACUCGCAUAUUGGCUGACGACUCCAUAGUCGACAUCAUUCGCUCAUUCUUCAUCAUCCCUAAAGAGGUGACGCAGGAUGCUCGGUUGGCCCGGUUGCUAGAUGUGAAGGCUGAGUGGGUGUUGUGGCAGACAGGGAUGGAGCUGCGAUACGCAGACUCAGUGUUGUUCCGCAUGAAAGAAGUCAUUCCUGCACUUCGUAGUGUACCAACAGACUACAAGAAACUCAAGCUGAGGCUGAAGCAGGAGGGGGUGUGGGGAGACGUGGACCUGGUCAACUGUUCUAUACUGGAGGUGCUGCUGCCAUUGGAUACACUGGUGAUCAAACGACCAAUCACAGAUGAGGACCAGGCUAUCGGCUACCAGGCUAUAGUGUUGGACCCCAGCCCAGAGUGUUCAGCCCAACUACUGGCUGCAGCUGUGGACCACAUAGACACCCUACUGGAGGACUGGUACCCAACACUCGGUACAAGGUUUGUCCACACUUCAGAAGGCAAGUUCCUAGUGACUAGGCUAGUGCCUUGUCCGAGGUGCCUUGCCUCAGUCCAAGACCAAGAUGUUGACCUGAAUAGCAAACCUCAACAUUUGCAGCAGCCUCAGCCUCCCCACCUUGCUGAGGCACUGCAAGUUGCAGAAGCAGAAGGUCGUCACUCUCGCAGAGUACGCAAGUCUCAAGAGAGCUACACCAGUGAUGUAGACAGUGGAGUGGACCCUGACAGCACAGGCUCUAGCCGCAAGACGUCUGUUGAAGGCCACCCUGGACUGGCAGGAGAGACUGUAGAGGACAAGCUGCCGCAGUACUCGUGGAUGGUGGAGGAAUGUAUUCUGGCUGCAUAUGACAAGUCCUGUGUCAAGUGUCCAACCCAUGGAGAGAUAUCUCUGGCCCACAUCGCCCCGGACACUAUGUUCCUGGACCUGGGAGAGAGACAUCUAAUCAGACCCAACAGUCUGGUGAGGGGCAAGUUGCUGGGUCGAGGUGCGUUUGGCUUUGUGUUUAAAGGCACAUGUCGCAUCCGAGGCUCCAACGACACCAUACAGGUGGCCAUGAAGAUGCUGCAGCCCGUGCCUCCAGGACCCAACGCUAGCCACUCUGCUGUCAUAGCUUACAAGGUACUAUGA